AUGCCUGCGGCCUGCCGCUGCCUCUUCCUGCUGCUCCUGUCAGCCUGUGUGGCUCUGUUGCUGCAGCCGCCACUGGGUACCCGGGGGGCCCCGCUGGAGCCGGUGUAUCCGGGGGACGAUGCCACACCAGAGCAGAUGGCCCAGUACGCGGCUGAGCUCCGCAGAUACAUCAACAUGCUGACCAGGCCCAGGUAUGGGAAAAGAGACAGAGGAGAAAUGCGGGACAUCCUGGAAUGGGGCUCCCCCCAUGCAGCUGCCCCCAGGGAGCUGAUGGACGAGUAA